GACCACUGACAUAACCUGACGUAAUCACUUACCACAGCCCAUUGAGGCUUCUCAGCCUGCCUUCGUAAUGUCAACAGUGUUCGAACGUUUUAUGGAAUUAUAAUAAAAAUAAAAAUAGAAUAUUUACUAUAGCAGUGCUAAAUACAGAAAUUGGAUUGGAAGUGGCGUCGAAUGAUUAUUAAGAAACAUUGGCAUGAAUGAUGAAUCCGACUUAAGGCAGGGAUGUGCGCGAACCUGCGCCACCACAACACACUGUCUGGCAGUGUCUGCGUCGUGUGGUUGUGCUGUUGGCUUCUUGCAACAUCAAGCACAUCAGUCUUCCUCCAGAUAACUGAACAGCUCUUCGGGAACUAAGCAGAUAGCCUGCUUGCCACCAGCACCUUUGGGACACUAAAAGCUUUGGCACCACAGCCUGCAUGGCCUCUCAAUUCUGAAGAACGAGCUGCUGGGUGGUGGACCGCCGGUGGUGUGUUACACUAUGUCACGGGGCGGCAGGACCAAGGCAAGGGCCAGACGAGAGGACCCCAAGCCCUCCAGAAGGUGAGGCAGGAGAAUCUCAAGGCCACCUCAGAAUGUGUCCAGGCAGCUCACCGUCGUGCCCAGGAAUACUUUCUCAGCAUGAUAGAAGGCCCUGUGGAACCCCAGGUGUUUGUGGCCAAAGCAAAGUACAUCAACCCUCAGGUGUACAAUGAUGUAGUGGUAGAGCGUGCAGUUACAGGGCUGUGUGGUUACCCACUGUGCUCUAACACCUUCACUGACACCUAUGGUUCCAGGAGCUAUGUCAUCCGUAACAAUGUAGUCUAUGACAUCACUGAACGUAGGAAUUUCUGCAGUAAUGUAUGCUAUGAGGCAUCACAGCUGGUGCAUCAGCAAGUAUUGACCCUGCCGCUGUACCUGAGGGACACAGAAGAUGCUGACAUCAAGGAUAUCUGCCUGCCCAACCUCACCAAGCUGAAGGGAUCUCAUGGCAAAGUUGUGGACAUCACAGGAGGUGUAGGCAAUAUUAAGAUUGAUAAGGAUGAGAAGCCCCAGAGAAGGACAGCCUUUAUGAGUGUUGAUGAAAUUGCCCGAGAAUCCCUGGUUAACUUGUCGGAAAAUGAUGCAGACAAAAGUGCUCCGGACAAAAACGAUCACAAUUCAGACUGCAGUGUGAAGGAGAAAGAAAUCAGCAAUUGUGAAUCAAAGGAGGACACAAAGGAGGAGGAGGCUACAGUGAACCCGCUUACUGAUGUUCUAUAUGUGGAGAGUGUGAUGAGACAGUGGGUGUCCUUUGAUAGCCUACGGGUGAUUCUGGGUGACCAGUACGUGAGGGGGAUGCUGGAACACUGUGGACGCUCCUGGGACAAUUACGACACCACAUCAGGUUUAAGGCUGAGUGUGGAGGCCAAGGCAAAAUAUAUUGCCAUCUGCCGCAAGCUGGAGCAAGAUGAAAGGCGGGAAGAGGAAGAAGACAUCCUUGAUAGACAAUCAGGGAAGCAAACAGAGGCUCGGAAGCCUCUGCCAGACUAUGCCCAAUUGCAGCGUGAUGUUAAGAAACAGCAACUAAAGGUGGUGUCUUUCUUUGGAGGGAAUGAGCUGUAUGAAGAGGAAAAAGAUCAGUUAGAUACCAUACCUGAGGAAAAAGAAGAGUCCCAGCCAAAUACUAAAAGAACUUUUAAAGUAAAUUUUAAGAAGCAAUCGAAUAAUUCUGAUGCAGGAGAGUCAACUUUGCCUCUUAUUGACUCUUACUCUCAAGACGCUUGGCGGCAGAAUAUAGUGAUUGAAAAAGUCACUACUUAUUUGCAGCAAAUGCUGGAGAUGACAACAUUAAGUGUGCAGGAGAUUCAGAAGCUGCUGACACCCAUGGUGGCCACUUUCCACUUGUCUGCCAGUAACAUCUCCUUCCAGCCUAAGCAGUGGCGCAUUGUCACUCUUAUUCUCCUCAAGCUGUUAAGCGUGAGAUACCAAACAAUCCAAGAUGCGCUGAGGACCGAGGAAGGCCUUAGCAUGCAGAUGUCCAUACUCUCUGCCUCCUCCCUUGAUCUUGGCUAUGGUGAUCGAGUCAUUAGCUAUCUGACGGAAAUCCAUCACAUCUUAAGCAAGGACUUCACUGAUGAAAACACUGAGGAUCCAGAGAGUAGGAAUGGUACUCCUCAGAAUGCCGAUAUCACUCAGCAAACGUGUCCUAGAGGAGAUUCUGGGGUUAGCAGGGUAAAUGGAAGUAUCAAUAGUCUAGAGGCACAAGGACUUACUCAAGACAUGGCACAAAUAAAAAUAAUUGAUAAUUCUGUAGAUUAAAAGGAGAAGAUAAGAUGUGCGACUUUUGUGAUAUUUGAAAUUAGUUGUAAUGUGACUAUUUUUACAUAUUUGAAUAAACAAUUAACAUAG